UACACACAGUAUCCUAACAUAAGUAUAUAGUGAUCAUUGACUGGCAAAGAGUCUUUACCCCUUGACUGUCUCUAAAGAACAACUUCACCGAAGUGGGUGUGGUGUGCUUACUGUAUAUACACACAGUAUGUGAGAAGAGCAGUGUUUGUUUGGCAGCCUAACAUAAGUAGUGAUCAUUGACUGGCAAAAAGAGUCUCUACCCUCGUUGACUGUCUCUAAAGAACAACUUCACCGAAGUCUGUGAUCGUGAUGGAACAGCGCGGUGACUUACCACAGGAGCUGGAGGAUAUUCCUAGACCACCCAAGAAAGCCAAGCGUGAAUAUAACUCGACAGCCAUGGACAUUACAAUCAUGGACUCUUGUUGCUCAAAAGCAUCCCCUGCUCCUAAGGGACAGGGUGUAGAGACAGAUCAAGACGUACCAACUUCACAUGGCACAGAAGCUCAGCAGAGGCCAGCUUCCUCACCUGAAGCUCUACAACAGUUACGGGAGAGUCUUAAACCCAAGUUUGAAAGUGUGGAUACAGAUGGAGGAAUGCCUAUUGUGUUUGAACUACCCAAUGGAGAAAAGCUCACAUACAAUACCGAUAUUAUGUCCUGUUCAACCAAGAUGCUCUAUGAGUAUGUGUUUUAUGCUGGUUUGGUUAAUCAGCGAUUCCGGAUCUUUUCUGGUCCUGCACGACGACCAAUACCUUGCAACCAUAGCAAAAUAUCUGAAAUAAAUUUUUUAAGUCAUUUACUUUUCGUUGUGGAGUAUGAGGAAGGAGACAUUUUGGAAUUUUUGCAGACGGUGGAAGAAAAAUGAAGUGGGUGGAUAUUAUAUUCAAGUGGAUACUAGUGGCUGUGGUACUUUGGGAUUUACAUAUGUGUCUGGAAAUCAGUGGCGUUACAAAAGAGCAAAAGGUGACUGUUUUGAUGUUUCAACUCCAAGUAAUGGUCAAGGUCAAGUGCAGAUAAAGCUGGGGAAAACAAUUUUAACAGUUGAAGAAAAGGAAAAUAAACUCAUGGAACCGCAAUUCAUGGAGAGUAUGCGUUCAACAGAAACAAAUGCCUACCAUCAAGAAUUUAAUUACUGUGGCAGUCCAGAUUCAUUUUAUCUUCAUUUGCAGACAAAAGAGGAAGACACCUACUAUUUCACUGCAACACGUAAUGUAAUUAAAAUGUCAAAAUCCUUUAAAGGUCGGGCAAACUUUUCCCUUUCUAACGGGAGAAAAAUUCAUUGAACAUUGAAACUGAGAUACUCACUUGUCAUUUACCUACUAUAAUAUUAUACAGUAUAAUUAUCAUGUUAUUAUGAGCAUUUCUGAAGAUUAAACUUCGCAAUAGUUUCCCUUACCAAGAUUAAGUAAUUCAUUGCCUUUGAAGUGCAAACUGGAUAAACAGUGUCAUUCAAAGGAACCGCAUGCAUAGAAUAA